CAAUUCUUUCUCUAUUCACAUAAAUACACACCACUCCUAUAUCAGUUUCAAUUGGCAGAUACUUCAUCCAGUUAGAGACUGAAACUUUCUCCAAAAUGAGAAGCCUUAUUAUUGAAUCUCUUUAUCUUUUCUUCUUAUUAAGCUCUUUGUCCUCCUUUCCUGUUGCAACUUCAAGAGCUAAUUUCCAGUUGAGGAGGGGUGACUCUAUAUCUGUCGGAAAAGAAUCAGGUUUUAUCACCUCCCCUGAUAAUUCUUUCACUUGUGGUUUCCAUAGCUUGGGAACCAAUGCCUACUGGUUUGCAAUAUGGUUCACCAAUUCCAGUGACAAAACCAUUGUUUGGAUGGCUAAUCGUGACAGGCCGGUCAACAGCAAAGGCUCAAAAGUAACGAUCAGACGAGACGGAACAAUGGUCUUGACGGAUGUGGAUGGCAGUGUUGUAUGGCAGACUAAUACUACUACUACUGAUGUUGCUGCUGCUGAGCUUCUUAACACGGGAAACCUUGUUUUGAAGAACCCACGAGGUGAAAUUCUCUGGCAAAGUUUUGAUUUUCCCACCGAUACUCUUUUGCCUUCUCAAAGAUUCACCAAAAAUACUAGAUUGACAUCUGUAUUAAGAAAGGGGAGUUAUGAAUCAGGCUACUUCAAUUUGUAUUUUGGUAGUGACAAUGUUUUGAGGUUGAUAUCUGACAGCCCAGAUACAUCAACCACCUAUUGGCCAAAUCCGGAUUUUGAUAUUUACACAAAUGGUAGAACAAAUUAUAACAGUAGCAGAAUAGCAGUUUUAGAUGAUAUGGGCAGGUUUUUUUCAAGUGAUCUGUUGCAUUUUAAUGCUUCUGAUUUGGGUUACGGGAUAAAGAGGAGGCUGACAAUGGACUAUGAUGGGAAUCUGAGAGUCUAUAGCUUGAGUGAUUCGACAGGGCUUUGGGAUAUAACAUGGCAGGCUCUUGCACAACCUUGUAACGUUAAAGGUGCUUGUGGAAGAAAUGCGAUAUGUGUUUAUGCACCGGAACCCGUGUGCACAUGUCCUCCUGGAUUUGAGGCGAACAAUCAAAGUAACUGGAAUGAUGGAUGCAAGGCUACAUUCGACCAAACUCUCGUAAAUUCCCGACGAGUGAAAUUCCUGGAGAUCCCUCAUGCUGAUUACUACGGUUUUGAUCUGAAUGCAACAAGUCCUGUUACAUUUGAAACUUGCAGGGAUAUCUGUCUGGAGGAUUUUCGUUGCCAGGCUUUCAGCUACAGACUAUUGGGUCAAGGUUUCUGUUUUGUGAAGAGUGCACUGUUCAAUGGCUAUGCCUCUCCAGAUUUCCCUGCUAGUAUAUAUAUCAAACUACCUGAGAGUUUGGAGACAUCAAAGCCUGAUAUAGUUCAUGCCCCCCCCACGACUUGUGAAUCUAACGAGGCAGAAAUUGUUGUGGGCUCUCCUUCUAUGUAUGAUUUCAGGAACAAGAGGGUAAGAUGGGUGUAUAUCUAUUCAUUUGCUGUGGCACUGGGGGCUAUUGAACUGAUGUUUGUACUUAUAGGCUGGUGGUUUUUGUUCAGAAAGCACGGAGUUCCAGCUUCUGUUGAGGCUGGAUACCGAAUGAUAUCAGGUCAAUUCAGGUGUUAUAACUACUCGGAGCUUAAGAAAGCAACCAACAAUUUCAAGGAGGAGCUAGGACGGGGAGGCUCCGGCGCUGUUUACAAAGGUGUUUUAUCCGACGAAAGAGUCGUGGCGGUUAAGAGAUUGGGCGACAUUUUUCAAGCACAAGACGAGUAUUUUGCAGAAAUCAGCACCCUUGGGAAGAUCAAUCACAUGAAUCUUGUAAGAAUUUGGGGGUUUUGUUCGGAAAGAAGGCACCGGCUGCUGGUCUAUGAAUACCUCGAAAACUUAUCACUGGACAGGCAUCUUUUCGGGCCCAACUUCCUGGGAUGGGAACAAAGAUACGCAGUGGCAUUAGGCACAGCAAAAGGUUUGGCCUAUCUCCACCAUGAGUGCCUCGAAUGGGUUAUCCAUUGUGACGUAAAGCCGGAAAACAUACUUCUCGAUGGUGAAUUCCAGCCCAAGAUUGCUGAUUUCGGGCUGGCAAAACUGUCGCAAAGAGAAGGCCCUGGUUCAGAAUUCACUAGAAUCCGGGGGACAAAAGGGUACAUGGCUCCUGAAUGGGCGCUAAACCUUCCAAUCACAGCAAAAGUGGACGUUUUCGGAUAUGGAGUGGUGAUCCUGGAAAUGGUGAGGGGAAUAAGGCUUUGUAAUUGGGCGGUGGAGGAGGACGAUGAUGAGCAAGAAGCAGCUCUUACGAACUUUGUGCGGAAAACUAAAGAAAAGAUGAAGAGCGGGAACUCAUCUAAUUGGGUGGAAAGUGUUGUGGACUCGAGAUUGGAGGGCAAAUUCAGCAGAAAUCAGGCGGUCACGUUGAUUCAAACCGGCAUUUCUUGCGUGGAGGAAGACAGAAACAAGCGGCCAACCAUGGCUUCUGUAGUGCAAACAUUGCUGGAAUGUGAAGAUGAGACUCAACUUUGAUGGGCAAUUACAGUAUUCAUCUGCGCACUACCCAUUCUUGUGUAAAAAUAGUUUUUUAUUCGGAAGUGAAAAUUUUAUUGCAA